CCGAAACGACAUCGUAUAACAUCUUAGGGUUAUGAGUAAUGACACGACGUCGUUCUCUGGGUCGGUCACUGGAGAUGAAGAGAAGCGGUCGCGACAUUGUAAAGAUCUCUAGCUCCGUCCUUCUUCCUCGUAGCUACCCUCUCUAAUCUUUUUUUCUCAUUCCUGUUCUUGAUAGUUUUCUAGACAGAUUUCGAUUAAACAAAACCGCGGAACACUUUGAAGAAAUCUGCGUGAUUUAGAGAUGGCGGCUUCUUUAUCGAGCAGACUUAUAAAAGGAAUCGCUAAUCUCAAAGCUGUUCGUUCUAGCAGAUUGACGUCUGCAUCAGUCUACCAAAAUGGGAUGAUGAGAUUUUCCUCAACAGUGCCAAGUGAUUCAGAUACACAUGAUGAUUUCAAGCCUACACAAAAAGUCCCUCCCGAUUCUACGGACUCACUUAAAGAUAUCGUUGAGAAUGAUGUGAAGGAUAAUCCUGUUAUGAUCUACAUGAAAGGUGUCCCUGAAUCUCCUCAGUGUGGGUUUAGCUCACUAGCCGUCAGAGUUUUGCAGCAAUAUAAUGUUCCUAUCAGUUCUAGAAACAUUCUAGAAGACCAAGAGUUGAAAAACGCUGUGAAAUCCUUCAGCCACUGGCCUACGUUUCCACAGAUCUUCAUUAAGGGAGAGUUCAUUGGCGGCUCAGACAUCAUCCUUAACAUGCACAAGGAAGGUGAAUUGGAGCAGAAGCUUAAAGACGUCUCCGGAAACCAAGAUUGAUCCAAAGUUUGGAAGUUAUGCUGACGAGUGGAAGUUAUUAUGUUUUUGUUCUUUCUUUUCAUAAGAAUGUCUUUUCAUGUACGGUAAAAUAAUGUCUCAGAAACUCAAAAAUCUUUGGAUUUCGUAUGAAUAAAAACUUUGGUAAACUAAGAUAGCAAAAUCAAAGAAGCCCAACGAGCCUUAUUUAUUUAUUUUAUUAUUCAUAAUCAAGAAUCGAACAGUAGAAAAGCAUGAAUAAAUCACAAAACAGUAGAAACAUGAGAGAACACCGUAUACCCCAAGAAACCCCCCACCCCUUAUAUAUAUAAUAUAAAUAUUCUACACCAUCGUAUAAUAGCUAUAGAGAUGCUGAGAAGAUGCUUGUAAAGUUUAACGCGAACCCUCGAGACCAAGCCUUGAGACGAGCCAGUGAACCACCUCAUCCAUUUCUUUAGGAACCG